AUGGUUCUUGCAGCCGUGGGGCAGCUCUGCUCAACUGCCAACAUAACGUCAAAUCUAGCUCAAUGCCAAGUCCUGGUUCAAAAGGCAGCAGCAGCAGGCGCUAAGGUGCUGUUUCUUCCCGAGGCCUCGGACUACAUCGCAUCUUCGCCAGAGCAAUCUUAUUCCCUCGCCAAGUCUCGAGAGUGCGCCGACUUCGUUUCAGCUUUACAGAAGGAUGCCGAGAGACAGAACUUGCAUAUCAAUAUCGGAAUCCAUGAAAUAGCUUCUGACACCAGACUCAAGAAUUCAUUGAUCUGGAUUGAUAACAAGGGAGCCAUCACCCAAAGCUACCAGAAGAUUCACCUCUUUGAUGUCGAUAUUAAGGAUGGUCCAACCCUCAAAGAGAGCGCGAAUGUCCAGCCGGGGCAACAGAUCCCCAAGCCAUUUGAUACACCUAUCGGGCGUGUUGGUCUAAGUAUUUGUUUCGAUUUACGAUUUCCAGAGAUCAGUCUAGCAUUGAGGCGACAGAAUGCCGAAGUCAUUACAUAUCCAUCAGCAUUUACGGUCCCGACCGGAAUGGCCCAUUGGGAACCCUUGCUACGAGCAAGAGCUAUUGAGACCCAGUCAUAUGUGAUAGCAGCUGCUCAGGCCGGCCCGCACAAUGAGAAAAGACGAAGCUAUGGUCAUUCGAUCAUUGUCAAUCCGUGGGGUGAAGUUGUAGCUAAGCUGGGAGAUGAGCAUCAGGAGCCACGAAUUGCGACAGCCGACGUUGACCUUGAUCUUGUGGCGAAGAUUCGGCGAGAAAUGCCGUUGCUUCGAAGAAACGACCUCUACCCGGAAUUUUGA